AUGGCGGCCCCAGCGCCACAGGUGGAUACGUCCGCAUCUCAGGACCACCUUCAAGCUGGCACUCUCCCCGCUCCGCAAGCGGCCAAUGAUGCACGCCACCCGCGAGAAGCGGCUGUCGAUGACGAUGUGAAAGCUGACUUACUCGGGUCAGGAAAGGGUGGGGAAGACGGCACCUCCCCCCGGCGGGAAUCAGGUGGACGCGGCUCGAGCCGGCGCUUGUCGAAUAAGCGAGAACCGGCGUCGCUUGCCGGCGGCACCAGCCACCUGAAUGUAGCAAAGUCCCAUUCGUCGGUGUCUCAAGCGAUCAGGGACCAGGAACGCCACCGACCACUCGCUGCCAGUAGCAGUGUCAGCGUGCCCCCCUCUGGCAUGACCGCAACAGGUUUCGAAAAUGUUGAGUCUGAGGUCAUUGACCGGCUGAGUAAGAGCCAUGUCAGCCUGAAGGAGCUGGUCGAGCAGGCGAGGCAGACCGAUCCGGAGGCUUUCCGCAUGGCUGUUUCUCUCACAGAACAGACUCACCCUACGAGCGGGAAGAAUAGGUUUGCCUCACUUCCAAUCGAGGAACUCGCGCAAGAGCUCGGGUUGAAGGAUAUCAACAAAGGGCUGACGGAAGAGCAAGUGCUGGAGAAUCGUCGCCUCUACGGCCCAAAUGUCCUUGAGAAAGACAAGACCGAGCCAGUGUGGAAGAUUUUUAUCCAGCAGUUUCUGAGCCCUGUGGUCCUCCUCCUUCUUGUGGCGUCAAUCGCUUCAUUGGCCCUACAAGAGUGGGUCGAAGGUGCCGCAAUCCUCAUAAUUGUCACCUUGAACGCGUCCCUGGCCACGUAUAUGGAGAAGUCAGCCAGCAACGCACUCGCCAAACUCGCAAGCAUGGCGGCGCCUGGAUGCACCGUUCUCCGAGAAGGAAAGGAACAGACUGUUGGAGCAGUGGACGUCGUCCCCGGCGACAUUGUUCUGCUCGCCACCGGCAACAAUGUAGCUGCAGAUAUGCGAUGCAUCGACACGGUGGAGCUCAAGACGAACGAGAGUCUUCUCACGGGCGAAAGCGAAGACAUUUCGAAAACUCUGAGAGCGGAAGACUACGACACCCCCUUUGCGACGAACUUGUGCUUCGCCUCAACCAUUGUUACCAACGGAAGUGGGCGCGGCCUUGUUUUCGCCACCGGAAUGGACACGCAAGUUGGCCGCAUUGCACAGCAACUCAAGAAGGCUGGAGAAGGAUCGAAGCUGACGCCGCUCCAACGGGGUUUGAACCGCCUCGGAGGAAUGAUUGGGCUUAUAGCCAUCUGCGUCCUCAUCAUCGUCGUCGUGGUCGCCAUUCUGACCGGAUACAGAGACCCCGCCCACCCCGAUGCUGACCCUGUCUUCACGAUCGUCUUGGUGGCUGUCGGCUUCGCAGUCUCCUCGAUCCCUGAGGGGCUGCCCAUGGUCGUCACCAUCUGCCUGUCGCUGGGAGCUCGCGACAUGGUGAAGAGAAAGGCGAAUGUCCGCAAGCUGCCGGCAGUAGAGACGCUGGGCUGCUGCUCGGUCAUUUGCAGCGACAAAACGGGCACUCUUACUGAGGGCAGGAUGACAGCGGUGCGCCUAGUCACCGUGUGCCGCAAUGGGGAGAUUCUUGACGCCGACGGCUUGACCAAAAGCUUUGCCUUCUUCCCGACGAAGGGCUUCGACACGAACGGCGGCAUCUUCGAUAUCAGCAAACUGGACGACAAAACCAAGAACAACCUCAUGAUUCAGUACCACGACGGGGCUUUCCAAGACUACGACGGCGUCUGCCACAAUUACGGCAACCGAGCGAACACGGACGCCACCACCAAGCUCGUGCGGUCUGUCAUGCUCUCCGGCUAUCUGAACUCAUAUUCCACGACUCUCAUACGCGAGCCUGAGACGAAGCGCUGGUUUGCAAAGGGCAACAUGAGCGAAGGUGCCAUCGUCGUGGGAGCUGCGAAGGCGCAGAUCGGCGACGCCGUCCAAGGCAGCGCAACAGACCCGAGUGCGGAGUAUACUCGAGCCAAGGAACUGGAGGUUCCGUUCAACUCCUCGCGCAAAAUGAUGAUGACAGUCCACAAGCUUCCUGCGGUGAACAUGUUUGGAGACAUUGCGCUGAAGAAUCCAAAUGGCGCGCAAUACACGCACUGCGCGAUCAUUAAGGGUGCGCCAGACAGAGUGCUGAAGCAUGUCGGCUACGUGUUGGGGGAAGGCGCCGAGGGCCCCCAUCUGGACUGGAACCGCCCCGCGACGACGGAAGACGUCCGCAAAGUCGAGGCUGUCAAUCUCGCGCUCUCUCAACAGGCGCUCCGCGUCCUCGCGUUCACCAUCCGUCCUCUGACUGACGCGGAUGUCGCUGCGCUGAAACAACAAGAUGGAGCGGACCAAAGGCUGAAGUUCGCUCUCGGAGAAGACACGGAGGAGCUGUGCCUGCUCGGCGUCAUCGGGUCUUUGGAUCCGCCGCGCACGGGCGUCCGCGAGGCCAUUGAGCGAUGCAGACAAGCUGGAAUCCGCGUCAUUAUGAUCACUGGCGACCAGAGGCCGACAGCCGUGGCGAUUGCGAAGGAAAUUGGACUCCUGACGCAGCGCGACAACGCCGACGAGAAAAGCAUUCAGUGCUCCGGACUUCACAUCGAUGACGACCCGAUGAAGGAUCAUCUCUCCGAAGAAGAACUCGACGACAUCAUCGCCAGAGUGAACGUCUUCUCUCGAGCCCAGCCAGAGGACAAGAUUGCGAUCGUCGAGGCGCUCAAGCGCCAGGGCCACACAGUGGCGAUGACCGGAGACGGUGUGAACGACGCGCCUGCGCUGAAGGCCGCGGACAUUGGCGUGGCGAUGGGUAUUGCUGGGACAGACGUAGCCAAAGGCGCGAGUGAGAUGGUGCUCCUUGAUGACAACUUCGUGACCAUCGUGGCGGCCGUCGAAGAGGGAAGAAAGAUCUAUUCAAACAUCCAAAAAUUCGUCUGCUUCCUCCUCGGCACCAACAUCGGUGAAAUCAUCUACCUCACCAUUGCGAUCGCCGCCUCCAUGCCGCUGCCUCUCGAGGCCCUCCAAGUCCUAUUCCUCAACCUCAUGAGCGACGGAUGCCCCGCUGUCGCCAUCGCCAAAGAGCCUUCCGACGAGGAAAACAUGAAAAUCCCGCCGCGCCCACGCAAGCAGCCUAUCAUGACGCGCGACUGGUGGCUCUACGGCAACUUGCCGCACACGAUUUUUGAGGCAGGCUGCGUCCUGAUGUCUCUGGCGCUGGGCCUCUAUCUUUGCACAGGUGUCGUUCAGCUAGGGCCGCUGCAUGACCAGUGCUCCUACUUCACCGCUCGGGACGUCGUCAAUCUGAAAGACAUCGAUUAUCGAUACUUCUGUCGCUCGUUCGAGUACCGCGUUUCAUCGGGCUACACAGGAUGGGUCACAAACGUCGACUUCUGGAGUCCGCAAACUGGCAAAGUGGAGCAGGUCCUCGGCGCGAUUGCGGGAAAGCAUCCGGAUCUCACUGUCGAGACGCCGGGGCUCGACGCGUACAUCGUGGAGGCGAUGGCUGGCGGCUGCCCGCCAGGGGUAGACGUCGACGCCACCACGGGCUUCUGCAUGCCCAAGGCGGGCACUACGGUCCGCUCGCACGCAGACACGCCCCUGGGCGCCGCCUCGCGCGACUACUUUGACGUUUCCGCGCGCGGCGCCAAGAUGGGACGAACCUGCUCCUUCAUCACCGCGGUCUGGUGCGAAAUGCUCAGAGCCUACACGGUUCGCUCGUGGCAUUGGUUUUUCACGGUGUUCAACCGGAACCCGUGGAUGCAUUUGGCGUGCAGCAUCUCGGCGACGCUGACGUCGCUGUUGACGAUUGUGCCGGGUAUCCAGAACGCCUUUUCGACGUAUGCGCUGCCCUGGUACCUCUACUUGUUCGCCAUCGCCUGCGGCUUUUUCAACCUCACUCUGGAUGAGCUGAUUCCCAAGCCCCUGUACCGAUACAAGAAGGCGCGAGAGAUGAGAGCUGCGCUGGCGACCAAGACGUCCACGGCCUAA